AUGAUUUAUCUAUACACUAUUCUUUAUAUUAUUCUCUCAUUAUUGAUUGUUCACAAGGGUAAUGGAAUCUCAAGUCUUCUUCAACUAUAUACAACUGAUCGAUAUUCAAUUGAACUUCAGCAUAACACAACUGAUUUAUGGUGGACAGUAGAUGAAAGUCAGCAAGAAAUUACUUUUGAAUUACAUGUUAAAACAACAAGAUGGAUUGCUUUGGCCGGUGGAAUGAAAGGUGCCGACAUCGGAUUGGGAUGGGAUCGAUAUGCAAAUGGUUUCUCGCAACCAAUCAUUGAUAACUGGACAUCUAUUCAAUUCAAACGUUCCCUUGAUACUUGUGAUCAAAUGGAUAUUCCAAUUAAAUCUGGUACUAAUACUCUCAUAUUUGCAUACAGUCUCGAAGAUCCAGAUAUGUCUCAACCAAAUGGUUCAACCUAUUACCAUGAUAAUCGACGAGGUUCGCGAAUCGUUCCUCUAAGAUCUUAUGGAAACCCAUCAACAGAAGAAAAGUUUGCUGAUCUUAAUCAUAUUGAAUAUAAAUUGAAUAAUGUUGGCUAUUCUAUUAGUGAAUAA